UUUUCAGGAGUCUCCUCUUCAAACUAAAUCUAUCACUCUAGGGAUGUUCUGUUUUUUAGAAGCCUCUCUCAUGUUCUAAGAAGAUGUUGCUAAAUCUGUCCUUCUCAGAGUGAAGUAAACCAUGGCUGAGAUAUAAGCCGUUUCCUCCUUUUCCGUUAUCUUUUGCCUCUGCCUGUUCCUGCGUCUUGCAACUCCUGUCCCUUUCACUCAGGAGUUGAGGAAGUGGUUUUCCCCUCUGCUCCUCCCUUCUUGCAAGGAGAUUUUCAUCUGCAAGCGUUUCUGUUAUCCUCUCCUGACAGCUUUGAUUUAGUCUUGGGGUUUUCUCACCACCGGCACCACUGCUGUGAAACUAUUUAACUUUCUCAAGGAUACUCUUCUACAAGGAGGAUGGAUGCCUGCAUGCUUGCAGCUGUUUUAGGAAGGGCAUGUUGGAUGGUUUGAGGUGACAAUCUAGACACCCCCUUGAAGGCUUUAGUUGUGCAACGGAUUGUAAUCAAGGCAAACUGAAGUGGAAUAACGACAGUGCAUAAUCGUUCUUUGGCAUGCUUCUUGUAUCCUCAGUGUGGGGACUGCCAGAGAUGUUGCAGACAAUUUAUGAAACUGAAUCAUGUUUCUCUUCAGAUGGAGUUUCUGGACGUGAGCCAUCGUUGGAACUCCUGUCACGGGCACAGAUCCACGCCAUACCUGUGGCAGCUAUGGACUUGAAGCCGGUUCUUCCCAUGGUGAUGCAGAGUUCUUGCAACAGCAGCAGCAACAGCAGCCCAGUGGAUUUGCGGAUGGAUUCUCGGCCCGGUGUGCCCACUGUGGACCCAGCUGUCCGGGAGCAGCAGUUGCAGCAGGAACUACUGGCUCUGAAACAGCAACAGCAAUUGCAGAAGCAGCUGCUCUUUGCUGAGUUUCAGAAGCAACAUGAGCACCUAACACGGCAGCAUGAAGUCCAGUUGCAGAAACACCUCAAGCAACAGCAGGAGAUGUUGGCAGCAAAGCGUCAACAAGAACUAGAGCAACAGCGUAAACGAGAACAACAGCGUCAAGAAGAGCUGGAGAAGCAGCGUCUGGAGCAACAGUUACUCAUCUUACGCAACAAGGAGAAGAGCAAAGAAAGUGCCAUUGCAAGCACUGAAGUGAAGCUGAAACUUCAAGAGUUCCUUCUCAGCAAGUCAAAAGAGCCAACUACAGUGGGUGGCUUGAAUCAUUCCCUCCCUCAGCAUCCCAAAUGCUGGGGGGCUCAUCAUACCUCAUUGGACCAGAGUUCCCCUCCCCAGACAGGAAGCCCGGGAACACCAGCCUCUUGCAAACUACCUUUACUCGGCACUUAUGACAGCAGAGAUGACUUUCCACUCCGGAAAACUGCCUCAGAACCCAAUUUAAAAGUGCGCUCACGAUUAAAACAGAAGGUGGCGGAGAGGAGAAGCAGUCCUCUGUUGCGGAGGAAAGAUGGGACAGUCAUCAGCACCUUCAAAAAACGAGCAAUUGAAAUCACAGUGUCUUCAAUGUGCAACAGUGCUCCUGGGUCUGGCCCGAGCUCCCCAAACAGCUCCAACAGCACCAUCACAGAAAAUGGGCUUACUGGGUCCGUGCCUAACAUACAUACUGAGCAGAUGUUGCCCCAACACCGAGCUGUCACUAUGGAUGGAUCAGCUAGCCAACUCAGCCUAUACACUUCUCCAUCACUGCCCAAUAUCUCCUUAGGACUCCAGGCUACUGUCACAGUGACAAAUUCACACCUCAAUGCCUCCCCAAACCUAACCACACAGCAGGAAGCAGAGCGCCAGACCAUCCAAUCACUGCGCCAGGGUGGUGCCUUGACAAGCAAGUUCCUCAGCAUGUCGUCUAUUCCCAGUUGCCUUCUGGGGGUGGCCCUUGAGGGAGAGACCAACAAUCACGGGCACGCUUCCUUGCUUCAACACGUCCUGCUUCUGGAACAGGCUCGACAACAGAAUACACUAAUUGCUGUUCCUCUGCACGGCCAAUCCCCUCUAGUGACAGGGGAACGCAUCCCCGCCAACCUGCGCACUGUAAGCAAGUUGCCUCGGCAUCGUCCACUGAGCCGCACCCAGUCAUCCCCACUGCCUCAGAGCCCCCAAGCAUUGCAACAUUUGGUUGUGCAGCAACAGCACCAACAUUUCCUGGAGAAGCAGAAACAGCAGCAGAUUCAACUGGGAAAGAUAAUCACUAAGACUGGCGAGUUGCCACGGCCACCUACUACCCACCCUGAAGAAACAGAAGAGGAAUUGACAGAACAACAGGAGCCUUUGGGCCUUGGUUUGGGUCUGGGCCAGGGGCCUUUUGUGUUGGAUGGGUCAAUAGAAAGUGAGGGAACACAGGAUGGCUUGGAAGAAGAGGAGGAGGAGGAAGAGGAGGAGGAGGAGGAGGAGGAAGAAGAAGAAGAGAGGGAAGAAGUAGUCAAAGAGCAAGGCUAUCUCCGAGUGAAAGAUGAAGAUGGAGAGAACAGGCUGGAAGAAGAACAGGAAGUUGAGGAGUUGGGAGUGACUUACAGGCAGGUGUUUGCAGAUGCACAUCAGCUAAGAUCUCUUCAGCUCUAUCAGACGCCCCUGAGCAUCAGCACUGUACCCCAUCAAGCCCUUAGCCGUACCCAGUCUUCACCUGCUAGCACUAGUCUGAAAAGCAGUACAGCUGAGCCUUUGGUCCAUCACCUUUUCACUACAGGCAUUGUUUAUGACACAUUCAUGCUGAAGCACCAGUGUACAUGUGGAAACACUAAUGUUCACCCAGAACAUGCUGGGAGGAUCCAGAGUAUUUGGUCCAGACUACAGGAGACAGGAUUGCUAAGCAAGUGCGAGAGGAUCCGAGGCCGGAAGGCAACAUUGGAUGAGAUCCAGGCUGUCCAUUCAGAACAUCACACGUUACUAUAUGGAACAAGCCCCUUGAACAGGCAAAAACUUGACAGCAAGAAAUUACUAGGUCCCCUUACUCAGAAGAUGUAUGCUGUCCUCCCAUGUGGUGGAAUUGGGGUUGACAGCGACACGGUGUGGAACGAGAUGCACUCAUCCAGUGCGGUCCGCAUGGCUGUUGGCUGCUUGCUGGAGCUGGCCUUUAAAGUGGCAUCAGGGGAGCUUAAGAAUGGAUUUGCUGUCAUCCGACCACCAGGUCACCAUGCAGAAGAGUCUACUGCUAUGGGUUUCUGCUUCUUCAACUCUGUUGCCAUUGCUGCUAAGCUUCUACAACAAAAACUUGCCGUCAGUAAAAUCCUCAUUGUGGAUUGGGAUAUCCAUCACGGCAAUGGUACCCAGCAGGCAUUCUACAGUGAUCCCAGUGUGCUCUACAUCUCCCUCCAUCGCUAUGACAAUGGCAAUUUCUUCCCAGGCAGUGGAGCUCCUGAAGAGGUUGGCAAUGGGAUGGGUGUAGGUUACAAUGUAAACAUUGCCUGGACUGGUGGAGUGGAUCCCCCUAUUGGUGAUGUGGAAUAUCUGACGGCCUUCAGGACUGUGGUGAUGCCUAUAGCCCACGAGUUCUCCCCAGAUAUGGUCCUUGUUUCUGCUGGCUUCGAUGCUGUUGAGGGACACUUGUCCCCGUUGGGUGGAUAUUCCGUCACAGCCAAAUGUUUUGGGCACCUGACCAAACAACUGAUGAAACUGGCAGAUGGGCGUGUUGUCUUAGCAUUGGAAGGUGGUCAUGACCUGACUGCCAUCUGUGAUGCCUCUGAAGCCUGUGUCUCUGCCUUGCUUGGCCUUGAGUUGGAACAGCUGGAUCAAGCUCUGUUGCAACAAAAACCCAAUGCAAAUGCCAUAGCCACAUUGGAGAAUGUAAUUGAAAUCCAGAGCAAACACUGGAAUUCGGUGAAAAGUUCUACAGCAAUUGUUGGCUGCUCUUUGCUGGAGGCACAGAAGGGUGAGGCAGAAGAAGCAGAGACAGUCAAUGCCAUGGCAUCACUGUCAGUGGACACAGAGCAGGGAAAAGCAGACUGUGGUGUCCGACCAGUCGAAGAGCCAAUGGAGGCUGAACCGGUGUUGUGAAGUGCCAAGACUUCAAUUUGUGUAGCUGUCACUCUGUGGGUUUAAUUGGUCAUUUGUGAGUUCGUUAAACCAACAACAAAAUUAUUAUUUUUUAUCUAUUAAAAAGAAAAAAAAAGGAAAAAAAGAGUUGCACUGGACAAAAUGAGCCUGUGUGUGUGUGCGCGCGCGUGUGUGUGCGUGAUCGCGUCAGUCUCCUCGCAUUUGUUCUCACCAGCAUCACCAUUUUGUCCUGACUCUUUGGAGAUUUGUGAGGGGACUGGUGGGGGGCUUUCACAUGGACAUCUCCAUUAUUCCUUUCUUAGAUAUCAUUCCCUCCCUCACAUCCCUCCCUUGGACACUAAACCUGUCCCCUUCUUAGGACUGGCAAAGUCAUUUUGCCGCUUGAGGAGAAAAAAUAUUUUCUGUCUCUCUCUGUCUCUCAUACGCCCAUCUAGUAGGAGGGGCAAAGAGGUGUUUUCCUCCUCAAGUAAUUUUUCUCCAGUGAUCCAGCGGAUAGCCAUCCGUCAAGGAUGCUUUAAUCUGGAUGUCUGUCCUGAGCAAGGGGUUGGAUUCAAUGACCUAAAUGGCCAUCUCCAACUCUUGCAAUUCAGUUUCAUCUCCUUUUCUCUCCUCCAUCCAAGUGAAUAUGUAGGUUUUGCCCCAUUCACUUGUUUGGAAGGAGAGAGAAAUGGAUUGCAGUCUGAACAAAGGGACCCACAGCUGCCCCUUGCAUUUUAGAAUCUAGGGCAGGAGAACUUCCCUAUGCUGCAGCCCCAGGGGUUCUGCUAUCCUAGGCAGCCCACCCAUAUUGCCUCUUGCAUUGAGCCAGACUUGCCCACUUCACCUCUUCCUGAAUCUGAUCCUGAAAUGGCAUUCCUCUCUCCUGGGUUAUUUGUACAUUGAGUUGGAGUUGAAAAUCCCCUCCCUCACCGAAUUUUCAAAUACCCUUCCCCUGACUUAGCAGUUUAUAACGUUUUUCUUCUCUUCCCCACCCCCAAAAUAGAUUCACAAAUAUUUGGAUUUAAUACUACCUUUGUUGCCUAAAUCUUUUUCUUUAUUCAUCUCAGCUCUAAACUGUUCCUCAAUUUGUAUAGGUCUGGAUUAAGCUCUAGAAAAUGCCCCCAAGGUGAAGAGAAAGGGGAAAAAGUGUGCCUUUAAGUCAUUUUUGUUAAUGCCUUAAUUUCUCUGUGAGUUCAUUUUUCCACCAUCCCUCCCCAUUCCUAUCCCUUCUUCGUUUACCAACCUAGUUAACAAUUAUCCUACAUAAACACGGAAAGGAAUCACAUAUUAUCCCCAGCCCCAAUGCAUGUUUUGGCCCUGAUCCUGCACCAGGCGUGUUCAAACAAAUCAUGAAUAUCUCACUGGCCUGGGGAUCAUUGUGGAUGAGCAUCAACACACUUUCAACACAAUGCAGUUCUGUGUGACUGCACCAUCACUCAGCUGUGCUUUGAUUUGCACAUCUGAAUUAUGUGUCCUAUUUAUGCCUGCAGUUCUCAAUCUGUCAAGCGGUAUAUGCGAUAUAUGCGUGCAAACCUAUUUACAAGGAUGGACCUCCUUAGCUGGAUCACACUGUGUCAUAAAAUCCCUUUUGUAACAAAGGUUUUGCAUAUGUUGACUGUUUCAUGACCAAUGCUUUCUUGACAUUCUUUUUUUUCCCCGCUAUUUUUCUUCCUCCUUCUCUACUCUGUCAUUGUUUGAAAGACUCCUUGUCAUUUAUUGUAAAUAAGUUGAUUUCUUGUACCACUUGUACAAACUCUGUUUUGAUGAAAGUUUGUCCAUUCAUAAAGAAAAAACAAAGCAAAAGAAAAAGGAGAGAAUUCUUUGCUAUUACUUCACCAGCCAAAAAAGGGAAAAAAAUAGAAACAUAGAACAAUUUUAGCUUUUAAAAGAAAUGGAUUUAAAGAAAAAAGGUAUAUAAUUUUAUUACAGAUGUAUUAUUUAAUAGUAUUUUUUUAACUCGUACCAACUCUUCUUUCCUUUGGAAAGUUGCUAGCAGGGAUAAUGAAACAAGGGAAAAGGUGGGUCUUGAUACUGUUUUCACUAAUUCAGGGCAGUGGGAUUUCUAAACUGUGUGUGGGAGGGGGAGGCAUCAGGGAGGGGGUAGUUGUGUAGAAUGUAAGGCUGUGACAUAUUUUUAGCUGCACGUAUGGUAACCUUGCCAGGGUCUGUUUUAAGGAUUCCUGCAUUUGUUCAGGUUUAGUCCGCCCAAAUGUUCCAAGGUGCGCACGUGUGAGUGAUACUCCUUUCCAGGUUUUCCUAUAAGAUAAUUAUUCUUAUAUUCAUGAUGCGUGGAAGGUUGUGUCUUGACAAUGCUAUGUUAUCUUUUCCUUCCUGUUCUCCUUCUGUGGCAAGAAGACCACCAUUUCAAUACUGUUUGUUGUCCUGAUUUAUCAAACACAAUGCAUGCCUGAAGAUAGCUUCUUUUCAUCACCACAUUAGCCAAAAGCCUUCUGGUUGGGGAAGGAGGGAGGGAUGGAGACCUCCUCCAUCACCUUGGUAAUGCACACUUUGUCCCAUCAAGAUCUACUUGUGGCAGCCUGACCACUGUUAGGUACUGUAGUAUCUAUGUAGAAGCACAGCAGAAGCACAGAAGUGUAAACCUUCUGUUGCUCAUUGUAAUGGAUCAGCUUGGAAGCACAUAAAUCAAGCAGUAGCUUUCCUGUGGGAUAUAAGAGAGGCAGAUAUAGACAUCAGCUGCUAUUGCUGCUUGCAAUCCUACUUUAGAGUGUUUUUGGUUAUUUGGAUGCCUAGGUUGGGGAAAGAUAUUAUCUUUUCCCAAGCAGUAAUCUUACACAACUGUUCCCAUAAGUUGUGUUUCCUGGAUACAGCAACAAGUAAUCUGUGCUUGGAAAGACAAUAUAGUCAGGAAUGGGCCUCUGUUGAUUUUAGGUACUAGUGUGAUCGUAAGCCAUCCUGUUCUGCUAUAUUAGGGCAGUCUGAAUGCCUCUUCCCCAUUUAUAUCUUUCCCAAGGCUGUCUUGUCUCCUUUUGGGGGAAGGCUAUGCAGAUUUCUGUCCACUAAAGACUGUGACAUCAAGAAGUUAACAAUAGGAACAAGUCAGAUUUUGCAACCCGCCUCCCAAAAUAAGGUGGGGUUGGGAAUCUGUUCAAAACGUGAAGGACAGGAGAAAGUCAUAUAUGCUAUUGAUAGAAUUGUUAAUGCACAUAAAGAAACAUUUGCCGUUAAAUCUGCUAACAACUCUGCUAUAAUCAGAUCUGGGGGAAAUAAAGUGAAACUUAAGUGAAUGUUAUGAUUUGUAUUAGAUGGGAUAGAAAUCAAACCCUCCUCCAUCGUGCUAUAUUUUGGAUAGUUAAAAGUAUCCAAAGAUCAAGCUGGGCCACUUAAUACAGAAGGCAUGUAGUGGUCCUUAUCAUUUAGCUCUUACCAUUUCUGAAUUUCAUUACUUAAAAAAAAUCCAUAUACUGUAUACAAGUAUACAUUUGGUAGUGAGGAAUAGUGAGGAAAAUCAAAUUGCAUGGGAAAUGAGAAGCAGCAAAUUAUAUCUUUGCUAGGAAAGGUAGCUGGAUGAGAUGUAGGGUACCAUCUUUAGCAUUAAUUAUGUUACAGCUGCCUUCUCCUACUGGAUAUUCUGCAUAUGUGUUAGACUUCAGUUCCCAUCAUCUCUAGACUAGAAGACAUCAGGUUCAGAAUGGGCUACAUUAAAGAAUGGUGUCAUGGUUACCAGUUAGCCAGUCUGUCCAUCUCUCCCCCGCCCUUGCCCCAAAUGGGGAAGCAGCAGAACAAAAACUAUUUGUUCUGCUAAAGAUAGAACUCUUAAGACCUGGGUAGGACACAUCACUGCGCUUCCAUCUCUCCACAUCACCUCUGUAAUUCAGUAGCAUGCACUGUGCAGUCUUCUGUUUGCUGUCAACAGAAUUGUAAGCAAGUGCCUUUGCCAUUCAUGCAGUGACUCAAUUCACACAUUGUACUAAGUUGUGUUGUGGUCUUGGUUGAAUGCAGUGUGGGAAGAAAGCCACUGUGGUUUGUAAUGUGAUUCAUGGCCUACUGCAGGGAUCAGCAACUUUUCAGGCACUCAAAAAGUACCUGUCAUUUUUGCUUUGGUACAUCUGUACUAACCCUUAAAUUAUGCUUAGCCAAAUGUAGAGCACUCAGGUGUAACUCAGUCAUGAAAAGCAGCCUUUUUAACCUGGGACUUCCAGAUUUAUUGAACAUUAGUUCUCAUAAUUUUUCAGCUAGCAUGGCCUACUCAGGUCUACUCAUACUCAUUAUGAGAACUGAAAUCCAACAUGUUUGGAAGGCACCAGAUUGGGAAAGGCCUUUCUGCUAAGAGGGGAAUGGUUGCUACUAGUCAGGUGGUCUGCUGUUGCUCUUUUCCAAUUGUCAAAAGGUAUCCAUCUUCAGUACCAGCCAUCCCAUCCCAUAAUUUCACAUCAGGUUCAUAGUCCAUGGUAGAUUACAUUUCUCUUCUAUGGGGUGGUUUCUUCAAUUAAACUAUAACAUGGCCCUUUUCUUCUUGGGCAAAGCUGAGACAUAGUCUUCAUUGCUGCAUUCAGGGAGGGCCAAAUAUUUUGUCUAUGGCUUUCAUCAUAAUAGGCUGAAUACAGUAGAUCAGCACAAUCCUAUGCAUGUCUACAGAGAAGGAAACACUGUUGAGUUAAAUAGGGCUUACUCCCCAGUAAAUGUAAAUAGGAUCGCGGUGACAAAUUUGAUAAAUAAAUAAAACAAAUAAAUAGGAUUGUAGCCUAAGUUGUACUGAAAACAGUAAGAGCCAUUAGGAGCCAUCCCAGUGAGCAUUUCUGAAUUUUCAAGACAUUUCAUUGGCUUGACACAGAUAAUGUUUAUCACAGGCAUUUCUGUGGUGCUGUACCUAAAGUCCUGUGACAUGAGAAAUUUUGGCCUUCUAAAUGUUGUUGGAUUCCAGCUCCUAUUAGCUCUAGCUGCCAAGGAUAACUGGGAGAGAAAUUCUGUGAGUUGUAAGCCUAACAGAGGCUAAAGCUGAUGGGAGUUGUAACACCAACUCUCUGGAAGAUUCCCCACCUGUUGUAGAAUGAACUACUCCUUAAAAAUGCUGAUACUCUUCCUGUUUGUCCACACUGGAGAUGCAGGUAUUUCCUUUAUUUGCACAUUCAUGUACACAUCUUAACAAGUGUUGCUGCAUUUGAUUUAUGGGAAGUUGUUAUACAGUCCUAGAGAUCUGCAGCAGGCUGAAUGCUGGCUUCCAUCUGUAUGCCUGUGCCUAUGUAAGGACCUAGUACCUUCCGGCUCCCACUUGUGCAUGCCAUAGGGUAACCCAUGGGCUUGAGUGUGCAUUACCAGGAUUGCUGGAAACAGUCUCUCCCCUGGAAUACACUGUAGGCUUUUCAAUUUCCAUUACAUCAGUUUCUAUACAGAUGCAGCUUACAUUCAGUGGGCCAAGCUAAUUAUCCAGUAGCGUAGAUAUAAAAAUGUAUUGCUCUCCACCACCAUUUUUUCCACCUAACAGAUUCAUAAUUAUAAUAAACGACACAAAAAUCUACCGUUGCAAUUAUACAAAUCUCUCCACCUAGAGCAAAAAAGACUACAGCUAAAUAUAUUGAUCAAUGUGUUCCAUAAAGCUUACAAUUGGGAAAUGAUGGGUUCCACUUGUAGACUUUGUUGCACCUACAUCGCUGUUUCCAUCUCUUGUUUAUGUGGGGUGGGGGCAAGAAAAUGUCCAUGAACCAUUGUUUUCAUAUUAUUUUUCAUCUUGAGUUUUCUUGGGGGGGAGGGAGAAAGAAAGAAAAAAAGAAAGUAAGUUCUGGCCAAGAGUAGCAACUACUUUGAAAAGCCAUUAGUCCUUAGGACACCAGCAUGGAACAACUAUGUGCUACAGCUCCAAUUUCACGCCAGUAUUAAACUGUCAUGGGGAUGGUUAUUGUGGAGGGGAAUUGGGACUUUUUUGUCUCCCCCCCUUCUAAACAGCCCCCCUACCCAUGAUAUGGCAAGAUGCCCCAGAAGUGGGGAGUAUCUGUAGAUUUUUUUUUUCCUGCUUUCUGUCUAUCUCGCUCCGAAUACAAUUUUCAGUUGAGUAUUUUGUAAGAUGUUGCAAUGUUUGUCCUUGUGUAAAUAAAAUUGUUUCUGGCAAUA